GGGUGAUUGAGAAUAGCUGCGACCAAUUCCUAAUUUCUCCACUUUCCCCCGCCUUGAUCGGACUGGAGAGCGAUUGUUCUGUCCGGGGGUUUUCUGGAGUAACUAGUAGUUACCCCCGGAAUCGUCAUUAGGAGUAAAAUCGCCCAGAUUUCCAUUAGUGAGCAUCAUUCACUGACAGACAAGGUAUAAAGGAGAGCAUUCUUCUAUUCUUUCCAUCCUUCUGCCUGCGACUCUGCUUCGUACUCUUUGUUCUUCUCCCCUACCGCCGCUCUGUCUAUAGUUCUGGUGGUCGACGUCAUCCACCCGGUUUCCUCGCUGCCAAUCUCAACCAACCUUUUUCACCAUGCAGACCAAACAUUUCUUUUCAGACCCCAACCAUCUGGUCCAGACUGCUCUGCACUCGUUAACCCUCACAAACCCUUCGCUUGCAUAUGACUCCCAAAACAAGAUCAUCUUCCGUCGCCCCGAGACUGUACCAAAAUCGAAAGUCGCCAUUAUCUCCGGGGGAGGCUCUGGCCAUGAGCCCGCUUUCGCAGGAUAUGUCGGCCACGGCCUCUUGGAUGCCUCUGCAGCGGGAACCAUUUUCGCCUCGCCGUCUGCGGAACAAGUUCGCAUUGCUGCCAUAGAGCGUGUCAACACCGAGCAAGGGGUGCUUAUUAUCCCCAUGAAUUAUACUGGUGAUGUCCUCAACUUCGGUAUGGCUGCGGAAAAGGCCCGGGCUGCCGGAAUCCAGACUGAGUUCUUCGCCAUCAAUGACGACGUCGGCGUUGGCAAGAAGAAGAGUGGUAAAGUUGGUCGCCGUGGUAUUGGCGGUGGCAUUCUGAUCCUGAAGAUUGUUGGAGCUUUGGCUGAGGCGGGCGGCUCCCUCGAUGAUGUUUACCAGACUGCCCAGCUGGCCAACAAGAAUCUCGUUUCCGUUGCGUCGUCGCUUGAACACGUUCACAUCCCGGGUAGAGAAAUUCCCGUCGAUUCUAUUCCAGACGACGAAAUUGAGGUUGGAAUGGGCAUUCACAAUGAGCCGGGAUCUCACCGAGUUAAGGCCACUCUGGUAGAAUUGGUUCAGACAAUGCUCCUUCAGAUGCUGGACCACAAUGACCCAGAUCGCGCCUACGUCGCGCACACCCCAGAAGACAAUUUUGUCCUGUUGAUCAAUAACUUGGGAAGUCUUAGCACCCUGGAGCUGUCGGGGAUCACAGAUGAGGUUUAUCGGCAGCUCGAAAAAGACUAUCAGAUCAAACCUGCGCGAGUGAUUCAGGGAACAUUCCUUACCAGUCUUAAUGGACUAGGCUUCAGCAUCUCGUUGCUUAAACUUGCAGACACCGGGCUGGGCCCUGGCAAGUCUUUCCUCGAACUCCUUGAUGCCCCCGCGGAGGCAGUGGGAUGGGCUGCCCCUAUCAAACCUUCUACAUGGGGACAUCGUAAUGCUGCCCCUGUUGAACUCAAGCAAAUCAAAUUGGGCAAGCAGCAGUCCAGCAAUUUGAAGUUGGAUGUAGCUACCGUCCAAAAGGUCUUAGGGAGCGCACUCAAGCGAGUCAUUGCAGCCGAACCCCUGAUUACCCGCUACGACACUAUCGUCGGUGACGGCGACUGCGGUGUGGGCCUAAAGCGCGGUGCGGAGGCCAUCCUCGCCUUCCUCCAAGACCCCUCCUCCAACCUUACCGAUGACGUUGUUGCCACCGUUAACGGCAUCGUCACUGUUGUCGAGAACACCAUGGACGGCACCUCAGGUGCCAUCUACUCGAUCUUCCUAAAUGCCCUCCUCCACGGGCUUCGCGAACAAGAUAAAGGUACCGCAACUCCAGCGACAGUCGACGUCUGGGGUCCCGCCCUGGCAUACUCCGUCUCCGCCCUCGCAAAAUAUACCCCCGCGCAACCGGGGGACCGCACCCUGAUUGAUGCUCUCGUUCCCUUUUGCGAGACCCUCCUCCAGGCAAAGGACAUCCAUGCUGCUGCUCAAGCCGCGCAGGAAGGCACUGAAGCCACCAAGAGCAUGAAAGCUAGUCUGGGCCGUUCAGUUUACGUCGGUGGCGAAGAGGAGUGGCUAGGCAAGGUUCCGGACCCAGGUGCUUAUGGACUUGGCGAGUUCUUUAAUGGGCUAGCGGAAGCCUUUUAAAAUGUCAUGUCAUGUCAUCCCAUAUGCCGAUGCGGGGGUUAGUAUAUAUACCUUUUAUGAUUUAUCCUUAGUAUAAUUUGAUGAUGAUGAGCAU